UCCCCGGCCGCUGUCAGCGGCUCCUCCCCGGAAGAACCGCGGUGUAGGCGGCCGCUCCUCCCCGGAAAGGCCCCUCGCAGCCGGCGGCGCGGCGGAGCCUGAAUCCCGUAUCUCGUCAAGAUGGUGCGGAAACUGAAGUACCACGAGCAGAAGCUGCUGCGGCGGCUGGACCUGGUGAACUGGGAGGCGUCGGGCGGUAACUUGGCGGAGGUGCGGGCGCUGCGGCGGUACCGGCUGGGCCGGCGGGAGGACUACGUGCAGUACAAGGCGCUGGCCCGCUCCGUGCGCGCCCUGGCCCGGCGGCUCCGCGACCUGGGCCCGGACAGCGCCGCGUUCCGCGCCCGCUGCGCCGCCGCGCUGCUGGAGAAGCUGCACGGGCUGGGUCUGGUGAGCAGCCGGCAGUCGCUGGCCGUCUGCGAGAGCCUCUCGGCCGCCGCCUUCUGCCGCCGGCGCCUGCCCUGCCUGCUGGUGAAGCUGCGGAUGGCGCAGAACCUGCGCCACGCCGUCACCUUCGUGGAGCAGGGGCACGUCCGCGUGGGGCCCGAGGUGGUCACAGACCCCGCGCUGCUCGUCCCCCGCGCCGUCGAGGAUUUCAUCACCUGGGUGGACGCCUCGCGCCUGCGGCAGAAGGUGCUCGACUACAACCAGGAGCGCGACGACUUCGACCUGGCUGCGUAGGGCUGCUCGGCGGGACAUACACACGCUAGUGAUGCCACCACUGGAUAUUCACCCACCCCUUCCAGACGCACCUGGAAAGGGAGCCAGAAGGAAACUGCGCUUCUAGUGUGGUAUUGCCCUCCUCCUGGCUCCCCUUUGCAGCUAAUGGCUCCAUUCAUCCAUGCGGAAAAAAUUCCCUUCCACAUCCACCACUUCAAGAAUGCGUCCAGUGGCCCAGCUCCGUUGUUGUCCCUGGUGUGUCCAGUGCCAUCAUCCCUGGAGUGCCCAGCUCCAUUGUCAUCCAAGUGUCCCAGCUCCAUCAUCAUCCCUGGCAUGCCCAGCUCUGUGGUCAUCACAGCAACUCAACUCCGUCGUCCCAGCGUGCCCAUCUCCAUCCUUCUUACAGCCCAGCUCCAUUGUCCUUACAUCCCAUAAAGCAAAAGUGCUUGGAAAAGUCUCUGCCUGAUCGCAGGAGAGGAUGUGGUUAGGUUUAAGUGCUUGGGAGCUAAUACUAGCUGCUGGAAGGGAUUUUAAGCCUGGCCAAGUGGCUGAUUUAAGACAUGAGUUUGGCAGCUCAGCUGCUGUUUUUUGAGAAGUUGCCCUGUCGGUUCUUCCUUCAGCUGUUGGAUGCACAGGAGCCAGAGUUGCUGCUUCUGGAAGGGUUUCCUCUUGAUACCAAGCAACAUAUAUAUAGGGAAAAUGUGGGGAUUGUUGGGGGUCAGCAGUAAACAAGGAGGCCAAAUACUGCAUUUCUGGAACUGUUAAAGCUUUAGCCAAAUAUGGAAUAAAAAAAAAAAAGCCAACUUUAUGUUCAUGUGAAGAUGUAAAGGGAAGUUUAAUGUGCUGAGUUCAGUGUCUUUGCUGUGUGGGUCUCCAGCUGACAAUUAGGCAUCAUUUACAGAGCAGGAUCUAACUGGGGAGGCAUUGGAGCAAAAGCUGACCUAACCAUAACUGCAAAUCUGGGGGGAACUGUUGCAUGUAGUACAUUAGCCAGACAAAAACUGGUACUCAAGGGGAACCUUAGGCUUUCUGAGACUGUUGGGAACUUUGUUUCCCUUUCAUUAAAAAAACAGAAAAACAAAAAUAAAGUUUUUUUGUAAGUUGGU